UCGUCGCCGUCGCCGUCGCCGCAUUUGUUGCUGCCGCUGUUCUUGUUGUUGUUGUUAGUUCUGUUUUCGUUGCCAGAGCGUCGCUUUGCGCCGCGACGUCGCAGUUGGGAAUCGCAGUCGUUGUCAUUUUUGGAUUGCUGUUCGUCUUGUUGUUUUUGUUGUUGUUGCUGUUGUUCUUGUUGUUGUGCCGCAUAAAAGCCAAAGCCAAAAAGUGUCGACAAUUUAAAAGCAAAAGCAGCGGAGGCGGGCGUGAAACACUAAAUACUUGCAUACAUAUGGAUCUUGGAAGCGAAUUGCCAAAGCGAUUCUACUAUUUACUUAUUUAAUUCUCGAGCCAUCGUAAGGUGCGACCGGACUGUGUAAUCAUCGGCAAAUAAUGCGACUUAUGCUGCAGCUGCUGCCGCUGCCCGCUCGAGUGUGUGACGUCAGAGCAAAGAACUGAUUGCGAUACCGCGACCGCAACCGCAACGAAAACGUUCAGAAUAAUAAAAAUAAACAUAUACACUUAUCGAAAGCUGUUGUAUGUACAAAUACGAAUACCUUUCCAGCAAAAAGUCGCGACCAACUCGAACUGAUUAGGCAAACCGAUUGCAGAGCACGCAUUAUGUUUGGUUCGCGAGCUCUUGGUCUCUACCAGCAAUUUGUGGUGCUGCUGCUGAUGCUGGUGUUGCUGCUGAUUGCGGGCUCGGCAACCGGCAGAGAUGGCAGAUAUCCCUGCAACUAUGCGGACACGGUUAACAUCACCGACGGCCUGCGCCUCAAGGAUGGCUCCUAUUCCUAUGCUGGAGUGGUGGUGCCACCCGAGCUCAUAGCCGAAUACACCUUUAAGGUGAUCGACGGUGUCGAGUAUCGGGCGCCCAAGCAUCUGCGGGGCUGUGUCUGCCUGCUGAAGCCCUGCAUUAGUUUUUGCUGUCCUAACGAUCUAAUCUUCAACGUCCAACACUUCAACUGCACGACUCCGCCGGAGAGUGUGAACAGCUUGCCGACGGCGCAGAGCACUCACAUCGAGCUCAGUCAUCCAAACAAUAGCACGGCGAAGGUGGUGAAAAUUGUGGAUCACUUUGUGAUACGGACCGAGCUGGGCUGUCGCAAUAAGUUCGUGGACAAGAAGCACGAGUCCUUCUGGCAAUGGGACAUCUUUGGGAACGGCACCCUGAGGAGUGAAAAACGAUUCUGGUCCACCGAUGAGUACUGCUUCACGCCUCUCGAGCACAAGCAGGUCUGGAGCUUGACGCCCUUGAACUGCGAGCGCUUCCAGCGCGGAUAUCGCGUCUGGAUCUAUGCGAUAUGCACCAUUAUUGCCAUUUUGAUCAACAUAUUCAUACUCUCGCUGCUGUGCUCGGUGAGGGAGGCACGCAAGAGCCACUACGGUCAGCUGAUCAUAUACUAUCUGCUUUCCAUUAUUGUUGGCUAUUCCAUGCUCGUCUAUUUGGCUCUCAAGAAUCCCAUGAAUCUCUCACAUGAGGCCUGCAGAAAUAUAGGUUUUCUCGCCUAUUUCUGCAUUAUGCUGUCCUUCGUGUUUUUGGCCAUUUGCAGCUUCGACUUUCUGCUGAAGUUCCACCUCAAAUCAAUGCGGAACUGGGUACGAAAGCUUUUCUACUUCGCCGCCAUUUUGGGAGUCAUAGUUCUGCGAUUCUUGGUCUCCUUUGCGCAGGACUCGAGCUUGCCACAUCAUUUGAAGCCGGGCAUUGGCGGCGACUACUGCUGGUUCGAUGUACGUCUAUGGGGCAUACUGAUCUACUAUUAUGUGCCCAUAUUGCUGUUGCUCAGCUUUAGUCUGGUCUGUUGUUUCAAGACGUACUUCGCCUCCUUCGAGCUGCCAGAAGACACAUUGAACAUUAUGGGAACCGAGCUUCGUAUUAUGAAGACGCACUUCUACGCUUUUUCGGCGUAUCUCGUGGGCGUUUUCUCUGUGUGGGUACGUGAAAUGAUCGUCUAUAUAAUGGCACGCAUGCGCGAGCAUUUCUUCAUUAUCGACUUCUGGAGCGGCAUUUGCAUUCUCGUUCUGGCCAUAGCCGCUUUUAUACUUCUGCUGGGCAAGAACAUGCACGUCAAGUCCUGGUGGGCCAUCAACGUCGAAUCGAGCCAGACUGACCUGAGCGUCAUAAAUGCGCGCGUCUACAAAUUCGACGAGAAGGGCGAUCUGAAAUCACGCGAUUCACCUUACCAGCCAACCGUGACAUCACUCUAGCAUGCAAUGCUCAGCGCUGGACUCGGGCAUGACAUCAAGAAGAAGAAACUACACGUAUAGUAGAGUUACUCGUCAUUACAGAAGAAUGUAAACCAAGUUGUGCAUGGGAUCGUGUAACUGCCUUAGUUCUGUAUCUACUAUUAAUAAGAGCUGCCAAAUUUCAUACGUUUACAUACUAUAUACUCGUAUCCCAUAAUUUAUACCUUUAAUAAGUAUUGUAUAAAAACCAAACCUAUAUA